AUGCUUGUGUAUGACCCAGUACAAGGUAGACAUUGUGAAGGUCCACAAACAAUUAUAUGGCAAAAAAUAUCCAAUUUCUUCACAGAAUAUACAAUAUUAUUCAGGUCACACAAGGUUUGUGUUGGCGGCGAGGAGGAGGAGGAGGAGGAGGGGGGGCAUGGAGGAGGAGGAGGGGGCAAGGAGGAGGGGGGGCAUGGAGGAGGAGGAGGGGGCAAGGAGGAGGAGGAGGAGGAGGAGGAGGGGGCAAGGAGGAGGAGGAGGAGGAGGAGGGGGCAAGGAGGAGGAGGCAAGGAGGAGGAGGCAAGGAGGAGGAGGCAAGGAGGAGGAGGAGGAGGAGGAGGGGGCAAGGAGGAGGAGGAGGAGGAGGUGGAGGAGGAGGAGGGGGCAAGGAGGAGGAGGAGGAGGAGGUGGAGGAGGAGGAGGGGCAAGGAGGAGGAGGAGGAGGAGGAGGAGGGGGCAAGGAGGAGGAGGAGGAGGAGGAGGAGGGGGCAAGGAGGAGGAGGAGGAGGAGGAGGAGGGGGCAAGGAGGAGGAGGAGGAGGAGGAGGAGGGGGCAAGGAGGAGGAGGAGGAGGAGGAGGAGGGGGCAAGGAGGAGGAGGAGGAGGAGGAGGAGGAGGAGGGGGGCGAGGAGGAGGGGGCAAGGAGGAGGAGGAGGAGGAGGAGGAGGAGGAGGAGGAGGAGGAGGAGGAGGAGGAGGAGGAGGAGGAGGGGGCAAGGAGGAGGAGGAGGAGGAGGGGGCAAGGAGGAGGAGGAGGAGGAGGAGGCAAGGAGGAGGGGGCAAGGAGGAGGAGGAGGGGGCAAGGAGGAGGAGGAGGGGGCAAGGAGGAGGAGGAGGGGGCAAGGAGGAGGAGGAGGGGGCAAGGAGGAGGAGGAGGGGGCAAGGAGGAGGAGGAGGGGGCAAGGAGGAGGAGGAGGGGGCAAGGAGGAGGAGGAGGAGGCAAGGAGGAGGAGGAGGCAAGGAGGAGGAGGAGGAGGAGGAGGAGGAGGAGGAGGAGGAGGAGGAGGAGGAGGAGGGGGCAAGGAGGAGGGGGCAAGGAGGAGGAGGAGGAGGGGGCAAGGAGGAGGAGGAGGGGGCAAGGAGGAGGAGGAGGGGGCAAGGAGGAGGAGGAGGGGGCAAGGAGGAGGAGGAGGGGGCAAGGAGGAGGAGGAGGGGGCAAGGAGGAGGAGGAGGGGGCAAGGAGGAGGAGGAGGGGGCAAGGAGGAGGAGGAGGGGGCAAGGAGGAGGAGGAGGGGGCAAGGAGGAGGAGGAGGGGGCAAGGAGGAGGAGGAGGGGGCAAGGAGGAGGAGGAGGGGGCAAGGAGGAGGAGGAGGGGGCAAGGAGGAGGAGGAGGGGGCAAGGAGGAGGAGGAGGGGGCAAGGAGGAGGAGGAGGGGGCAAGGAGGAGGAGGAGGGGGCAAGGAGGAGGAGGAGGGGGCAAGGAGGAGGAGGAGGGGGCAAGGAGGAGGAGGAGGGGGCAAGGAGGAGGAGGAGGGGGCAAGGAGGAGGAGGAGGGGGCAAGGAGGAGGAGGAGGGGGCAAGGAGGAGGAGGAGGGGGCAAGGAGGAGGAGGAGGGGGCAAGGAGGAGGAGGAGGGGGCAAGGAGGAGGAGGAGGGGGCAAGGAGGAGGAGGAGGGGGCAAGGAGGAGGAGGAGGGGGCAAGGAGGAGGAGGAGGGGGCAAGGAGGAGGAGGAGGGGGCAAGGAGGAGGAGGAGGGGGCAAGGAGGAGGAGGAGGGGGAGGAGGAGGGGGCAAGGAGGAGGAGGAGGGGGCAAGGAGGAGGAGGAGGGGGCAAGGAGGAGGAGGAGGGGGCAAGGAGGAGGAGGAGGGGGCAAGGAGGAGGAGGAGGGGGCAAGGAGGAGGAGGAGGGGGCAAGGAGGAGGAGGAGGGGGCAAGGAGGAGGAGGAGGGGGCAAGGAGGAGGAGGAGGGGGCAAGGAGGAGGAGGAGGGGGCAAGGAGGAGGAGGAGGGGGCAAGGAGGAGGAGGAGGGGGCAAGGAGGAGGAGGAGGGGGCAAGGAGGAGGAGGAGGGGGCAAGGAGGAGGAGGAGGGGGCAAGGAGGAGGAGGAGGGGGCAAGGAGGAGGAGGAGGGGGCAAGGAGGAGGAGGAGGGGGCAAGGAGGAGGAGGAGGGGGCAAGGAGGAGGAGGAGGGGGCAAGGAGGAGGAGGAGGGGGCAAGGAGGAGGAGGAGGGGGCAAGGAGGAGGAGGAGGGGGCAAGGAGGAGGAGGAGGGGGCAAGGAGGAGGAGGAGGGGGCAAGGAGGAGGAGGAGGGGGCAAGGAGGAGGAGGAGGGGGCAAGGAGGAGGAGGAGGGGGCUAGGAGGAGGAGGAGGGGGCAAGGAGGAGGAGGAGGGGGCUAGGAGGAGGAGGAGGGGGCUAGGAGGAGGAGGAGGGGGCUAG